AUGGCCAAAGUUCUAGGUCGCGCGCCGCUGGUCGCGGUAGUCGGUGCUACGGGCACAGGAAAGUCUGAGGUGAGUCUGGACAUUUUCUGNUUGGCCGUAAAUAUUGCUCGUAAAUUCAAUGGUGAAAUCAUCAAUGGUGAUGCCAUGCAGCUUUAUGAGGGCUUGCCAGUCAUCACGAAUAAAAUGCCUGAAGACGAACGUGAUGGGAUUCCUCACCAUCUCCUUGGCUGUAUAGGCUUGAACGAGGAGACUUGGACAGUAGGCAACUUCGUCUCGAAUGCGCUUGCCAAAAUUAGCGAGAUCAGAGCACGAGGUCGAUUGCCCAUCUUAGUCGGCGGCACACAUUACUACACACAGUCUUUACUCUUUCACGAUGCGCUUGCAAACAAAUCUCAAGAUGAGGAACCAGUUCAAAAUUCAGAGAGGCCAGCCAUGCUUGAAGAACCUACUGAAGUACUCCUUGCAAAGCUCAGAGAAGUUGACCCAGUGAUGGCUGACAGGUGGCACCCCAACGACCGCCGCAAGAUACAAAGGAGUCUUGAGAUCUGGCUGCAGACCGGUCGCAAGGCCUCAGACAUCUACGAAGAACAGAGAACGCGUCGCGAAACUACUGGCCAGGAGGCGCUCUCAGAUGAUGCUCAAGACGCAUCUCUCCUUCGCAUGAGGACGCUUGUUCUAUGGGUCAGCGCACAACCAGACAUCCUCUCGAAGCGUCUUGAUGCUCGUGUUGACAAGAUGGUGACACAAGGUCUCCUGGACGAAGUGUCUACCCUAUCCGACUUUUACGAUAACAGGAUCGCUGAUGGUGAGUCCAUCGACACGACUAGAGGCAUAUGGGUUGCCAUCGGCUACAAAGAGUUUCUGGAAUACCAAGCUGCUCUAAGAAAAGGCGACACAAGCUCAACGCAACUCAAUAAACUACUAGCACAAGCUAUCGAGAAGACCAAAGCAGGCACACGGCAGUAUGCAAAGCGUCAAAUUCGAUGGAUCCGCAUCAAGCUCAACAAUGCCAUCGAUACAGCUGGAGCCAAAAACUCGUUCUUUAUGCUCGAUGGUUCUGAUCUCCCGAACUGGGAGCAAGAUGUAUCAGAAACUGGGCUCAAGUUGGUCGACAGCUUCCUCAAGGAAGAGACACUGCCAGACCCUUCGAGCCUGUCGCCGCUCGCAGCCGAGAUGCUGACAGCUUCGAAACCUGAUACCAGCGCUCGCGCGGAUCUCUGGAGCCGCAAGCACUGUGAGGUCUGCAACACGACAUCCGUCACAGAGGACGCCUGGACUGUACAUGUCAACAGCAAAAGACACAANAAGGCCAUGUCAAGCCACAGGAAGCGUGCCUUGAAUGGCAUUGCACAAACAGUGGUACCUCAGAGGCAAGGCGACAGCAAUGAGAAACCAAAAGAUGACUGA